UAUUACGCGGUUUGUUUGCACCUAAUCAUAUUUUAUUUCAAUGGAGUAAUGACUACCAUUUUGCUGCGAGGACAAUCUUAAAUGUAAUAUUGGAUCUCGGUAUCCCUCAAGCCUGGUUUUCACUAGCGACAAACACAAGGAGAGUCACCCCAUUUCCACACUAUUUUUGAAUCACUUAUUGAAUUGUCAACGAGAUAAACUAUAAGAAACAGCUUGACCACGAGAAGCAUCAGUUUAUAGCAGACGUUUUCACAGGCAAGCAAACUUAAGCUGACUGAGAAGGCAAAGAAGCAUGAAGUGUCUGUGCUUCACCCUGUUGAUGACAGCAGUCUUUGUUGCAUCGGAAAAUCCUGAAGAGAACUUAGGCGUGGAUAAUAAGGAUUUGUUCGAGGGAGAUAUGAUUCUUCCUCCCGAUGUCCGUUAUAAAGCCGAGCAUGGAAUGGAUGUUGAUAUUUCCCGAAAAAGAGCAGCCGUCAAACCCAGAAACAGACUAUGGCCGAAAGGAGAAGUCCCUUACGUCAUCUCUAAUGGCCUUAGUAGAAAACAGAAUGCCAGGAAAGCAAAUAAUGCCAUAAUUGCAGGAAUGAAUGAAUGGACGGGAAAGACAUGCAUCCGCUUUAAGAGGCGAACAAAUGAAAAAGACUACGUAGUGUUUGCUUUACACAGAGGAGGGUGUUUAUCAAAUGUGGGUCGAGUUGGAGGCCGUCAAAUUAUUGACCUUGGAAACCGAUGCUGGAAUCUAGGAACUGUUGCCCAUGAAAUCGGCCAUGCCAUUGGUUUCUUUCAUGAACAGUCUCGUCCUGAUAGAGAUCAGUUUGUCACAGUGCUGUUAAAAAAUGUAAAACCAGGGAUGAAGGAUAAUUUUAAGAAAUACCGAAGGUCAUUCAUUGAUUCUCUCAACAUCCCUUAUGAUUACGGGAGCCUGAUGCAUUACGACGACAAAGCAUUCAGCAAGAACCCGAAACUUGGACUUCAAACCAUAAUAACGAAAGACAAGAAGUAUCAAAAUGUUAUUGGCCAGAGGAUUGGUUUAAGUUCAACUGAUGCAGAGCAAGCGAACCUUAUGUACCGAAGUGAAUGUGCAAAGAGAGGAGGUGGAGGUGGAGGUAGAGGUGGAGGUGGAGGCAGAGGCAGAGGUAGAGGUAGAGGUAGAGGUAGAGGUGGACGUGGACGUGGAGGUAGAGGUUGAGAUGGAGGUGAAGGUAGAAGUGGAGGUGGAGGAGGUUUGUAACGCAUCAUAACAAUAGCAUAACGGUCUUAUUUUUGGUAAUAUGAUUUCAAUUUUGUUUUUAUCGCUAUCUCUUUUUGUUAUAUUCUAAGCUUUUAUUCGAGACAUGUCCCUUUUUAAAAGGUUAAAAACGCGCAGUUAAUAAUCUCGAGUUGCUUAGUUCAUGUGAAAAGUGGCCCAAAACGUCAGUCUUUGAUUUCAUCGUUUUAAAAGCAAUGAGACGUUUAAAAACCUUUUUUUACAAGUGUUGUUGUCCUGUCCUGUCCGGUCGCUUUUGCUCCGUUUUCAACAUUUUCAGUCUGCAUUGUGUGAACCAAGAUGUUACGAUGUGCUGCGGCCUCAUAUCUCGCGCGUUAUUUGGCGAAAAAAUAUUAAUGUAAGUUGCGUGUUUACGAUAUGUUUAAAAUAGUUUUACCGAGCUGCAGUAACAAAGUCUUAAGACUUAAGUCUUUGUCUUCAUUUCCUACGUGGCGGUUUGUCGAGACAGAAGGAAAAGUUGCCUACAGCGGCCAGCACGCCAGUGCAGGAGAUUCAUAGUUAGGAUAAACUGCAUGAAGCGAUGAAACCAAUCCAGUUAGCCGAGAAAGAGAUUGCAUUUCGUCCUAAGCUCUUGUGUAUCAAGCGAGGUUAUUAAAAUUCUUUUACUUGUA